UGAUUUUCGUCACCUCAGUUUCCACUCUUUUUUCACCAACCAAGCAACAAUAGCUGCUGCAUUAAUGCCUCAAGAACCUUUGUUCUUCAAUGCUUCGGGAGCAAGGGCGCAGGCUGGUGCAGGGGCGAGGCUCGGGCGUGCAGGGGACCUGGGUUCGGGCCGCAGGGCGCAGGGCGUGAGGCGUAGGGCGCGGGCUGGUUCGGAAAAAAAAUUUUGAUGGGGAAAGAGAAGGUUCCAGACACCUUUUUUUUGUUUUUUUUUUUGGGUUUGGGUUAAACGGGUUUUGGGUUUGGGUUUGGAUAAUUUAGUGGGUUUUGGUUGGGUUUGGGUCUUGGUUUAAAUUUGCUGGUGGGCUUUGGGUUUGAUGGGUUUUGGGCUGGACUUUGCAUUUCACCCC